UAUUGAAAUGGGCCUUGUCUCUAACGAAGCUUGUGAGCACGGAACAAGGAAGCAGAUCUAAUAUGACAUGCGAUGCUUUCGGUUUCAUUUAACUGCUACACGGUGUAUAAGAGGGUACAAGACAGAUGUCCAGGUUAUUGUGAAGAGAAAUGGAAAUGUCUGGAUGUAAAAGAGUGAUAAGGUUUCUGAUUGGCGUCGGGCUCCUCUUCCAACUGUGUGAGCCGUCAGCCGUGAAAUGCAGGAACGACGAUGGAACAGAGGUUGACUGGUAUAUUUUAUACAAGCUGCCCAAUGUAAAUGAUGCUGGUUUGUCAUAUCUGUACAUGGAUGAGAGCACCAAAGGAUGGCGACUCAGCAAAGAAAACAUCAACAGCAAAACUGGCACCCUGGCGAACACCCUGAAACCUCUUCUGGACUUCUAUAGCACCAAGGUUGAAGGUUUUGGAUACCUGCUCUACAGCGAUCAGCCUCCGCAGGAAAAUGCUGCUUCAUCCUUUGGCCACAGUAAAGGAGUUGUGAUGCUGGACAAGAAAACUGGAGUUUGGCUCUCACACAGUACCCCAAAAUUUCCAACAUAUCGUAAAAAAGACUUCUGGCCAACGAGUGGAACGGCUAACGCACAAACAUUUUUAUGUGUGACGUAUUCUCACAGUACGUUCAAAGACAUAGGAUUGCAGCUGAUGUACAUCCACGCAUAUUCAUAUGACUCUGACAUCCCAACGACCUUUUACAACGAGUUGCAAUGUGUUGCGCAACGAAGCUGCUACCCAAAGAAAACACCGUGGUUUAGCAUGAGGUCGCUGACGUCACUGAAAGGACGAGAGUUCACCAGCUUUGCAAAAUACAAACGCCUUGGGGACGAUCUGUACUCUGGCCUCAUUGCAAGCAGUUUGCAGCAGAGUCUUUAUGUGAAGAGCUGGGGAAAGAUGCGUCAACCGCUUGCUUCAAACUGCAGCAUCCCUCAUCAUGUGUAUAAUGUGAAAGAGGUGCAGCUCCCCAAAAAGCAGCCCUUCAGUGAUACUGUGGAUCACUCCAAGUGGUGCGUGACCCCCGAUGGGGGAUGGACCUGCAUCGCUGACAUGAACAGGGAAAAGAGUCAGGCAGACAGAGGUGGAGGAGCAAUAUGCACCAAUGAUGGCACAGUUGGCAAUGCUUUCUAUUCACUGAUCAAAAUGUAUGAACCAUGUGAGGGUCUGCAUGUUGAGCUUUAAAUGUCCUUUGUAGUAUGUAUAAAUUAUUUUAUUCACUAACUAGUUUGUAUAAUUAUGUCUCAUGAUUGUGUACAAUUUAAAAUCAUGUUACUAUUGGAAAAGACAAAUCAGACACACAACAAAGUAAAAUGAAUUAUACAAACUUUUCAUAUCCAACCAAAUAUUAUUAGAUUAGGUAAUAUUAUUAGAUUAACAGAUUAGAGUCUUCUGUUAAAAUGGCCUGACUGAAGUUCUUGAACUAUUCACUGUGAAAAGAUGGCUUAAUAAAAUAAAACAUGAUUUCUUUUAUAAUGUA